CGUUGUCGUGGUUGCGCGCUUUUAUGUUUUGAAAGUUCGGUUUUUGCCACUGCCUGCACUCACCAAAGGGAUUUGAAAGCUAAGAAGGUUCUCAUUUUUUCAAGAAUCCAAACAAAAACAAAGCUAGCCUAGGCUGCCCCGAACAGUUGGUGUAGCGGCGGUUGUCGUAUGGUGCCCUUGACAAAGACGACGUCGUUAGUAUAGAAAGAAAAUGUUCCUUCCUUCUCGAUCGCUAAAGUUUUGUGCAAAAUAACAAACAAACAAACAAAAACAAAGUAACCUUUGUGCGGGGAGUAGGUGUAGGAAGUUCCUUGCGGCACAGUUUGUCCCCCGCCCUUUUGUAUGCUGUGGGUGAUCUAUGAAAACAAAUUUGACGCGUGCAGUGACACGACGGAAUCUCGGGCCUUUCGGUGCGCUCACCUCCUUUACCGGCGCGUCCUGAUCAAACACUCUGAUAGCGGUCGCCGAUCCCCAAUAGUCGAUAGCGUAGCAACAACAACAACAGCGACAGCAAAAAAUUAUUUGAUUAGUGACAAGUGUAGUGACAGCGCGGUAAAAUUCGUUUUCAGUGAAUAGGCGAAGAUCCGCCCGUGCAGAUACCACCGGCUCUGGAAGCAAAGCGAUACUCCACAAACAAGCGAAUAUUUCUGAUUGUUGGUUCGAUUCGUUCGGAAUUGGACUCGGAAGAAUUUGGAGACGUACACACACGGUGGCCCGUCCCCACCACCUUCCAACCAAACACAACGCAGCGAAGUCGGAGGUUGGACGCACGUCACCGCGGCGUUCGCGUUUGUGUAUGUUGUUUGCUGCUGCGAACGGUCGAGAUUGAGACCACCGAGAGGUUGCGCAUAGACCAUCUGUCAACGCUGUCAUCAACCCGUCCAAUAAAAUAAUUCAUUUUUCAAGAAAAAGUAACAUGAUCAACACAACAAUGGCGGAAUCGUGUAAUUUGCAAAUCUACCACGGUCGUAUAUUUUUCCUAACAUUAACGAAACCACCGACCGACUAGAUGGUGUGCGAAUUUUCCUACUAAUUAACGUUGGACAUCGGACCCUGCCAGAGACGCGCACAUGCCAGGGAAACUGGGAAACUGUACUCGUGUGAACAUUUCGGGGUGAAACUAAGAAAACUGAUGAAUAUUCAGUGUAUGGCCUGCCAAAAAACCAACCGUGAACAUAAAUCACCCACCAGAAUGGGUAGUGAAAUUUGCGUACAGAUUGUUGGGCUGAUGGCCGCCAUACAAAAGCUAAAAUGAUACUUAUCGGCUUGUUAUUGUGUUAUGAUGGACCAAGCAACUAGAUAAACGAGUUUUGUUCCGAUGGGAUUCGAGUGGCUUGCCCCGCGAGCAGUUUGGUUGCGAUCUUCGGCAAAGUAUUGGAAGCCCACGGAGCUGCCCCUAAGAUGACUAAGUGCGAUAGAACACAGCCUGACCGCAGUGAAUUGAGCAGAACGAAUUGAUUUUUCGUAGUAUACUUUUGAAAGGAAUUUACACGCGCAUUGUUAAAGUGCUAUUAUAUCGGUUUUCCCCCACCCGGUGAGGCCGAGAUGGAUAUGACCUCGGCAGCGGAAGCUCGCAGCUGGUACGACAACCAGCGGCUCGGUGGAUCUCCGAGCAAUUCGGCCGCAGCCCUCGGGCAUCAGUCGGCAGCAGCGGGCGUUGAUCCGUCCGAGAUGAACCCAUUCUACCCGCUUGAAAAUGGCACCCACCGGCGGUAUUAUCCCAGCAGCUACGGACCACACGCCUCCCGCAUGGCCGCGUCGCAUGUGUCGCCCCAGGUAUGCCGGCCCCACUUCCACGGGCCACUGUCCUGGCUGAGUGAUCCGGCGAAACCGAUCGCAUCGGGCAGUGCCUGGAGCAGCCCGUUCGCCUGUCCCCAAGAUCCGCAGGAUAAGCUAAGUCAGCAGGCUGCAGCGGCCGCGGCAAUGGUCGGUCAGGUUGGCAGCCAGCAAGGCGGCGGUGGUAGUGGUGGUGUCAGUAGUAGCCAACAUCUGUUCUCCUUUCCGCCAACACCGCCGAAGGAUUCGACGCCGGACUCAGUACAAACCGCACCUGCCGAGUAUCAAGCCACGAUCAAUGCCUUCAUGCACCAGGCGCAGGUCACGUCCAGCUGUAUUGCCCAGCAGGCGGCCGCGGCAGCCGCCCACGAAAGCUGUGCGUUGGAUGUUAAGCCAUGCCUAACGGGGAGUUCCCUCGGGCUAGGAAUGGGAAACGUUGGUGGGAGCAGUAGUGGUGGGGGGCUUGGUUGCGGAGGAGGAGGAGGAGGUGGUGGUGGUGGUGGUGGAAGUGGUUCCGGAGGUGGUAGUGGUAGCAGUGGACAUAACCAGCCAAAGCAACGGGAAGGUACGACCCUGAACGCAACCAGUGCUAGUGGUAGUAGUAACCAGACUCAUAGUGGUUCCAAUAGUGCAUUGUUCGAUACGGCCGGACAUGGAUCGUACGCCGGCGGAUACGACACGGUCGGCUACGGCUACCAUCACCAGCAAAGUGGUUCGUUUCAACCAAACUCACGAUCUACGGUUAUGAAUAGUUCCCAUCAUAUGAAGCCGCAGCGGACGAAGGCUCGAACUAGUGCCGAGGGCCGAGAGUGCGUGAACUGCGGUGCUACCUCGACGCCUCUAUGGCGACGGGACGGUACCGGUCACUAUCUGUGCAACGCCUGCGGUCUCUACUACAAGAUGAACGGCCAGAAUCGGCCGCUAAUCAAACCGAAGCGAAGACUGGUUAGCGUAAGUAUCUGUGUUAGAACUAUUUAUUUAUUUUUUUAACAUUUCGAUAUGAGGAAUCGCUGGCGCUCGCGGGAGUUCGGUAGCGCAAAUUGGACAUGUCAUGCAAAGGCAAAGACAGCGUGUGACCUCCACAGUUACGACGACGACCUAGAGAGCGAGAGCAAGGUCUGAAUUGUAAUUAUUAUUAUGUGUACCUUUGCGAUCCCCACCCCCCUGCACCCGCACCC